AGAAAGAAAGGAGAAGUCUCUCCAUCAUCUCUCUCUCUCUCUCUCUCUCUCAUCAUCAUCAUAUAAGCCAGUCCUCUACCAGUUAGUUCCUGCUUACAAUAAUUGCUGCAAAUAUAUCUCUCUUUUCUUUCUUCUUAGCUUCUUCCAUUUCUUCAGCACAUAUAUAUAUAUACCAAUAUACUUGUGUGUGUAUAUAUAAAUAUAGAGAGAGAGAGAGUGAGGCCCAAGCUCCAUAAACAGCAUGAACAAAGACACAGCAGCAUCUUCAUCGUCCCAAGAAGAUGAAGAUUUCAGCUUGGGAAAACUUUCCAAAUUCAUCCUCCCUCCCCUUGGCUCUUCACAGCCAACCCAAACUGCAUCCCAGGGACUAGUCAUCUCCCCAAUGGAUUCAAGAUACAGGUGUUGGGAGACAUGGAUGGUUUUGUUGGUGGCGUACUCUGCAUGGGUUUGCCCCUUCGAGAUUUCUUUCUUGGAAUCGAAGCUGGACACGAAGCUCUACGUUGUAGACAACGUUGUAGACCUGUUUUUUGCGGUUGAUAUCGUCUUGACUUUCUUCGUCGCUUACAUUGAUCCCACCACUCAGCUCCUUGUUCAUGAUCGCAAACAAAUUGCUACCAGGUAUCUGUCAACAUGGUUCCUAAUGGACGUAGCCUCAACCAUCCCAUUCGAGUUCGUAGCUUUCUUGUUCACCGGAAAACACCACCUAGGAGUCUGCUACUCCGUCCUCGGAAUGCUACGCUUCUGGCGGCUUCGCAGAGUCAGCAACUUCUUUACCAGGCUAGAGAAGGACAUCAGGUUCAGCUAUUUCUGGGUUAGAUGUGCCAGGCUUCUAUUUGUGACACUGCUGUUAGUACACUGUGCUGGUUGUCUAUAUUACUUCUUAGCUGAUAGAUAUCCCCACCAAGGGAAGAACUGGCUGGGAUCCCUAAAUGUGAGAGAGGAAAGCCUAAGAAUUCGCUACAUUUCAGCCAUGUAUUGGUCCAUGACCACCAUGACCACAGUGGGCUAUGGAGAUCUCCAUGCAGUCAACACUCUAGAGAUGAUCUUCAUCAUCUUCUACAUGCUCUUCAAUCUUGGCCUCACAGCUUACAUCAUUGGCAACAUGACUAAUUUGGUCGUCGAAGGCACUCGCCGCACCAUGGAAUUUAGGAAUAGCAUUCAAGCGGCCUCGAAUUUCGUGUGUCGAAACCGCUUGCCUCCCAGGUUGAAGGAGCAGAUUCUGGCCUACAUGUGUUUGAGGUUCAAGGCAGAGAGCUUAAACCAGCAGCCAUUGAUUGAGCAGCUCCCAAAGACAAUCUGCAAGAGCAUCUGUCAGCACUUGUUUCUGCCUGUGGUUGAGAAGGUUUAUCUGUUCAAGGGUGUUUCCAGAGAGAUUUUGUUGCUGCUGGUUGCAGAUAUGAAGGCAGAGUAUAUUCCUCCAAGAGAGGAUGUGAUAAUGCAGAAUGAAUCCCCUGAUGAUGUUUACAUCAUAGUAUCAGGUGAGGUGGAGAUGAUUGACAAUGAGAUGGAGAAUGAACAAGUUGUUUGGACAUUGAAUUCUGGAGACAUGUUUGGCGAGGUCGGGGCGUUGUGUUGCAGGCCUCAGAGCUUUACAUAUAGAACAAAGACUCUCUCUCAGCUUCUCAAGCUCAAAACCACUUCUCUUCUUGAAGCCCUGCAGAUGAAAAGAGAAGACAACAUUACCAUGAUCAAGAACUUUCUUCAGCAUCACAAGAAGCUCAAGGAUCUCAAGCUUGGCGAUUUGUUCAUUGAAAUCGGGGACGAAGAUGGGGAUCCAAACAUGUCUAUUAACUUGUUUACUGUUGUGGCUACUGGCAAUGCUACUUUCCUGAAUGAGCUUCUUAAGGCAGGAAUGGACCCUAACAUUGGAGACACUAAAGGAAAAACCCCAUUGCAUUUUGCAGCAUCAAAAGGGCAUGAAGAGUGUGUUAUGGUGCUCCUUAAACAUGGCUGCAACAUACAUUUGAAAGAUAUGGAAGGGAACACAGCACUAUGGGAUGCCAUAGCAGCAAAAGAGCAUUCCAUAUUCAGCAUUCUGUACCACUGGGCUUCCAUCUCCGAUCCUUACGUGGCCGGGGAUCUCCUGUGCAAAGCAGCAAAGAUGAACGAUUCAUCCAUAAUGCAGGAGCUUCUGAAGCACGGGCUGCACGUGGACUCAAAGGACCGCCACGGAUCCACUGCCAUCCAAGUCGCGAUGGAGGAAAACCAGGCCGACAUGAUAAAACUUCUCGUGAUGAACGGUGCAGAGAUUGAUGAUGCUGUUAAGCUCAACUUGGCAUCGCUAGACUUGACCGAAGUUCUGCAAAAACGAGAACUCGGGCACAGAAUUGCAAUGCCUAACACAAUUUUGGAUGAAGCAGCCUCAAAGUGGGCUAAGGAAGAUCAGCAAAACAGCAAUUCUAUCCAGCAGUGCUCUAUCAGAGUUAGCAUUUACAAAGGCCACCCUGCAACGAGGCGAGAAACGCAAUGCCCUGAGCCAGGAAGGCUAAUUAAGCUGCCAGAAACAAUAGCUGAGCUGAAGAGCAUUGCAGGUGAGAAGCUUGGAUUUGAUGCAACAGAUGCAUUCUUGACAGAUGAAGAAGGAGCAAUAAUUGACUCCAUAGAUGUGAUAAGAGAUAAUGACAAGCUUUUUAUAGUUGCAGACUGGAAUUCCUAGUACUAACAAAAAACAUGAGAUUAAUUUUCUGUUGUUUAUGUAUUUAGGAGGACUUAAAAUAAUCAUAACCCUUCAAACUAUAGUUAAUCACCCAAUAAUCUCUUGUUUAAUUGUUUAAAUUUAUGAAAAAAAAACACAAGAAAUUGGGUGAUUACAGUUUUAUAUACAAUGCAAUACAUAUAUACACAUAUGUGCUUCACUACUGUAAUGUUAGAUUAUGUCAUCUUCUCA